AUGCCUCACAUCCGCCUGAACUCGGGUCGCCAGGACCCGUUUCUCGAAACAAACGAGGGUUAUGCUCCAUUGACCGGGCGAACAUUACCUCGACCAUUAACGCCCCAAGGUCCCGAACCACACGUGCCCGUCGGUGCCCAGGGGAUGUCACCUUAUGGCGUCUCCCAUGCCCCAGAAUCAUCAGAAUUCCUACUCCCGCCCAAGCUAAGGCCCACACCUCGAGAUGACCAGGGCCGGUCGGGAUCGCCUGAUCGCUGGUCCGCACGGUCUGCGGCACGGUCGAGCGUGAGCUCGAUGAGUCGGGAUAGUCGGUUUCAUUUCAAUCCGUUUGAGGAUUACUCGCGGGCACCGAGUCGGACUGGGAGCGAUGAGUAUGAUGUUAACACGCAGACUGUUUCUGAGAAGUUUAAUAUCAUGCCGACGGAUGGGUUGUUGCUUUUUCCUGAAGAUGUGGAGAAGGAUGAUUAUCUGCAUAAUCCCGAUCCUUCAGACCAGGACCGUGAGUGUGAUGUUUGCAACCGUCGGGGUGUGUUGAACGUUGGUAGUUUGGCGCUUUUGACGGUGGGCAUUUUGGUGCUCUUUAUUGGGUACCCAGUCAUAACUUGGGUUGAGGGGAUCUUGAAACCGACUCAACCGUGCAGGGAUGGAGAUUUUCUCUGUCUGGAUGUUGGGGAGCGGCCUUUGUUGAGUAAUAUCCGCAGAGGACUGAUUGAUCCGGAUACGCCUGAAGAGGCCAUGACCAAGAAGAAUGCGGAUGGGAAGGAGUGGAAGCUAGUGUUCUCGGACGAGUUCAAUAUGCCUGGUCGCACAUUUUACGAUGACGAUGACCCCUUCUUCCAAGCAGUGGAUCUGUGGUAUGGAGUGACGAUGGAUAAAGAGUGGUACGACCCCGAUGCUGUCAUCACAAACGAAGGCGUUAUGGAAAUCCGAUUCGACAACUUUGAGAACCACGAAGUGGCAUAUCGAUCCGGCAUGGUCCAAAGCUGGAACAAACUUUGCUUCAAGGGUGGCCGUCUAGAAGCCAGUCUCUCUCUCCCUGGUGACGGGCACAUCCAGGGUUUCUGGCCUGGUUUCUGGGCCAUGGGUAACUUGGGUCGUCCGGGCCAUGCUGCGACAACUGAUGGGAUGUGGCCAUACAGUUAUCACGACGGUUGUGAUGCUGGAAUUACUCCCAACCAAAGCUCUCCAGAUGGCAUCAACUUCCUCCCUGGCAUGCGGCUCCCAGGCUGCGCUUGUCCUGGGUCUGAUCACCCCAGUCCUGGCCGUGCUCGCAGUGCUCCAGAAAUCGAUGUGCUCGAAGGGAGUACCGCUCCGUUGAACGGCGACGGUCCAUACAUUGGUAGUGCCUCGCAGUCCCUGCAAGCAGCACCCUUCGAUAUCUGGUACAUGCCUGACUACGACUACACCGCCGUUUACGAUCCCCGCAUCACCCAAAUAAACGCCUACCGUGGCGGCGUCUACCAACAAGCCAUGUCCGGCCUCACAAACCUAAACAGCCGCUGGUACAACGGCACAGAAUACCAAAUCUUCGCCUUCGAAUACACCCCCGGCGCCGUCGGAAACGUAACCUGGUUCAUCGGUGCCGACAAAACCUGGACCCUGGAUGGCCGCGCCAUCGGUCCCAAUGGUAACAUCGGUCAACGCAUGAUCCCGCUUGAACCGAUGAGUCUGGUCAUGAAUCUGGGUAUGGCGGAUAACUUUGCCCCGCAGAAUAAGAGUAUCCGCGAGUAUAUGCCUGCGUAUCUCAGGUUUGAUUAUAUUCGGAUUUAUCAGGAUCCGGAUGAUGUUAGUGUCACUUGUGAUCCGCCUGGGUUUGAGACGACGGGGUAUAUUGAUGCGCAUCGGAAGGCGUAUGAUAAUCAUAAUCUGACGACUUGGGAGGACGCUGGUUACAACUGGCCGAAGAAUAGCUAUAUGCAUGGCUGUUAA